CGGUUUGUGUCUUUCCGCAUCCGCAUAUAUACACACGCAUAUACAAUUAUGGGUAUAUAGUUUUUUUUCGUGAAAACAGUUAUAUAUAGUUGUUUACACAUAUUUUAGUAGUGGAGUAUAUUCCUGUAUGUAAUUCUUUUCCCCCUCGUCUCUUUACCUUCUCUUCAACCAUCAGUUUCUUCGAUUUGGUGAUCUGCUUUUUGGGAGGAGAGGGUUUUCUUCUUUUUGGUUUCUUGAUCUAGCUGGAGACCAUUGAUAAGUGACUAAUGGCUGAAAUUUACCCAGCGAGGACUCUAGAGAGAGAAAGGAGUGACGAUCGGAUUCUCUACGGAGAUGGGUUUUUGAGAUUUUGAUGAGGAUAUAUUUUUAAAGAUACAAACUUUUGGGGAGCUGGGUUUUGGUUUGAUUUGUGUCGAUUUGACAUGGGUGGGUGUUUUCCAUGCUUUGGAUCAUCAAAGAAGGGUGGAAAUGGCGUGAAGGAAGUGGGAAAGAAGGAGGUUAAGGAUGCAUCAACUGCUCAGAGUCACCAUGUGACCAGAGUUGGCUCAGACAAAUCAAAGUCGCGAAGUGGUUCAGACCCCAAGAAGGAUCCUAAGAAAGAACCAGCAGUUCAAAAAGAUGGACCGACAGCAAAUAUCGCAGCACAGACGUUUACAUUUCGUGAGCUCGCCACUGCCACAAAGAACUUUAGACCAGAAUGUCUUCUGGGUGAAGGUGGAUUCGGACGUGUUUACAAGGGACGCUUAGAAAGCACAGCACAGGUAGUUGCCGUGAAACAGCUUGAUCGCAAUGGCCUUCAAGGAAACAGAGAAUUCUUGGUUGAGGUUCUCAUGCUUAGCCUCUUGCAUCAUCCAAACCUUGUCAAUUUGAUUGGUUAUUGUGCUGAUGGGGACCAGCGGCUCCUUGUUUACGAGUUUAUGCCAUUGGGAUCCUUGGAGGAUCAUUUACAUGAUCUUCCCCCGGACAAAGAGCCUCUAGACUGGAAUACAAGGAUGAAGAUCGCAGCAGGUGCAGCAAAAGGGCUGGAAUAUUUGCAUGACAAGGCAAACCCUCCUGUCAUAUACAGGGACUUAAAAUCAUCUAACAUCCUUCUUGAUGAGGGCUAUCAUCCCAAGUUAUCAGAUUUUGGGCUCGCAAAACUGGGUCCAGUUGGUGAUAAGACGCAUGUCUCCACACGGGUUAUGGGGACAUAUGGCUACUGUGCUCCUGAGUAUGCUAUGACAGGUCAACUCACUCUCAAGUCUGAUGUCUAUAGCUUCGGCGUUGUGUUUCUAGAACUUAUUACUGGACGGAAGGCUAUUGACAAUACCCGGGAACCUGGAGAGCAUAACCUUGUGGCAUGGGCAAGACCACUGUUCAAGGAUAGAAGGAAGUUUCCCAAAAUGGCAGAUCCAAUGUUAAAAGGUCAUUAUCCAAUGCGAGGACUCUACCAAGCGCUUGCUGUUGCAGCCAUGUGUUUGCAAGAACAAGCCGCUACAAGGCCUCUAAUAGGGGAUGUUGUGACUGCUUUGACAUAUUUAGCCUCCCAAACUUACGAUCCAAAUGCGCCCUCUUCUCAGAGUAAAGUAUCUACUCCUAGGAGCAGGGAUGACAGGAGGAAUAUGGCGGACGGGGUUGAUAGCCACCAUGGAUCGCCCUCUUCUAACCAUAGAAAUUCUCCCGACUUCAGACGGAGAGACUCCGGAAGGGAAUUGGGUCAGCUAAGUAGGGUUGAUACUGGUGGUGGGUCCGGGAGGAAAUGGGGUUUUUUGGAUGACGUAGAAAAUCGGGAUUCUCAGAGAGAGAGUCAUGUCAGCGCAGGUAGAGCUAGAGAGACUCCGAGGAAUAGAGAUCUUGAGAGAGAACGUGCAGUUGCAGAGGCGAAAGUUUGGGGAGAGAAUUGGAGAGAGAAGAAACGGGCAAAUGCAAUGGGUAGCUUUGAUGCUACAAACGAGUAAUUGCGUCAAAAAGACGAAGACGUAAUGUGCGUCGUGGUAGGCUUAUACGGGUCUGAGGGUCACCAUGAAGAAAGAAGAGUUUGUGAUGCCAUCCUUUUCUGUUCUGGUUUCCGAGUUUGCCCCCGGGAAUAAUCGUCGUUGUCUGACUUUGACUGCUGUUGGUUGUCCUAAAUGCCGUUCGCGAACUUCACUAUGAAACUAAAUUGCAUCAAUUAUCUGGUGUAAGGGAAGAGGAGAGAGUUACAGAAGGUAUCGAAAUGGGUUAGCGAUGUAAUUGUGGCAUUCGCAGGUACCGUACUGCCUAAUAUUUAUGUAUUUAUAGCUUUUUUGGAAGAUGUUUUGUUGGGUCCCAUAUAUAGAUGUAUGUGUCUGGGAUUGUGGGGAAAUUUACUGGGCUUUAGUUUGGGUAUCUCAUUCUUCAGUUGUUAUAUGCCCCCUUGUAUUUAGUAGUCUUCGAUCAUGUGUAUGGGAUUUCUGAGCUUGUCAAGUUUCCGGCUUAUACGAAGGGAGUUGAUCACCA